AUGAGUCCGGAGGGCGACACCCCCAGCCCGCCCGCCCGCCCCCUCCCUUAUGAGCGCGGGGAGCGCGGCGCCCGGGCACACUGCGCCGAGCCCGCGCCCCGCCGCCAGCCCGGAGCCCGGAGCCAGCCCUGCGCGGCGCGGGGCGCUCGGAGAUGCAGCGCGGCGGCGGCGGCGGCGGCGGCGGGCGGCGGCGCGGGCGGCGGCGGCCCGGGGGGCGGCGGCGCGGGGGGCCCGGGCGCCGCCUUCUCCAUCGACGCCCUGAUCGGGCCGCCGCCGCCGCGCGCCGGCCACCUGCUCUACACCGGCUACCCCAUGUUCAUGCCCUACCGGCCCCUGGUGCUGCCGCAGGCGCUGGCGCCCGCGCCGCUGCCCGCCGGCCUCCCGCCGCUCGCCCCGCUCGCCUCCUUCGCCGGCCGCCUCUCCAACACCUUCUGCGCCGGCCUGGGCCAGGCCGUGCCCUCCAUGGUGGCGCUGACCACCGCGCUGCCCAGCUUCGCCGAGCCGCCCGACGCCUUCUACGGGCCGCCCGAGCUGGCGGCCGCCGCCGCCGCCGCCGCCGCCGCCGCCGCCGCCGCCGCCGCCGCCUCGGCGUCCCGGAGCGGCGCGGAGCCCGGAGGCCGCCGCCCCGAGGGCGCGCUGGACGCCGACGAGCUGCUGCCCGCCCGCGAGAAAGUGGCCGAGCCGCCGCCGCCGCCGCCGCCGCCGCCGCCGCCGCCGCCGCCGCCGCCGCACUUUGAGACUUUCCCAAGUCUGCCGGCCGAGGGGAAGAUGUACGGCUCGGACGAGGAGAAGCCGGAGGCGCCCGCGGGAGACCCCAGCAGCGAGCCCGAGGAGGAGGGGUCCGGCGAGAGCGAGGACGACGGGGGUUUCCUGGACGGUUCCGCCGGGGGCCCCGGGGGGCCUCUCCUGGGCCCCAAGCCCAAGCUGAAGGGAGGCCUGGGGCCCGGCGCCGAGGAGGGGGCCGCGGGGGCCGCGGGGGUGCCGGCGGCGCCCGGGGGCAAGAGCCGGAGGCGCCGCACGGCCUUCACCAGCGAGCAGCUCCUGGAGCUGGAGAAGGAGUUCCACUGCAAGAAGUACCUGUCGCUGACGGAGCGCUCGCAGAUCGCGCACGCCCUCAAGCUCAGCGAGGUGCAGGUCAAGAUCUGGUUCCAGAACCGCCGCGCCAAGUGGAAGCGCAUCAAGGCGGGCAACGUGAGCAGCCGCUCGGGGGAGCCCGUGCGGAACCCCAAGAUCGUCGUGCCCAUCCCCGUCCACGUCAACCGGUUCGCGGUGCGCAGCCAGCACCAGCAGCUGGAGCAGGGCGCCCGGCCCUGA